AUGUACAUGCGGUGGAGCCUUGUGUGCCGCUCCUGUUUGCUUCUCUUUCCUCCAUCUGUGUGUGUUGGUGUUGUGGCAGGGCUGUGUGUGUGUGUGUCUGUUGCCGUGGAUUGGAGUGUGUGUUGUGCGUGGUGUGCGGCGUACGGUGCAUGCCUGGCUGCUGCCCUCUCCUCAUGUGGUUUGCCCUCUGUGUGUGUCUGCCGCACCUCUCGUCUCCCCUGUUGCUCUCCAUGUCCCUCACCGUGCAGAUCAGCUCCACACCACCGAACGACCACACUCACGAUGACGACGUGCCGUCUGCUGUGCGCCCUGUUGGUGCUUGCCCUGUGCUGCUGCCCGUCUGUGUGCGUGACAGGGACUGGUAAAGAACAAGGUGGGGUCAACGGUUCAACGGCUGCUCAGCCACCGGGAGCAAGUGUUCCAGGACCCGGUGGGACAGGGUCGCGAAGUACGUCCAGUACUGCACAGACGCAAAGUGUGAACCCCACAUCACAAGCAUCAAGUGCGGGAACCGGUGUACGAGGGAGUCCAGAUACAGAAAGUCUGGAGUCUAUUCCAAAAGAGGAACAGGCAGCAGGUGGGUCCGAUGGGUCAGGGUCGUCAGGUGGGUCGGUUAACCCAACUGCAGCAUCAAGCUCCGUGACCGGUACGGUACCGGCAAAAAGUCAGAAGGAACAUGCGCCAACAACAACAACCACUACUACGACAAAAGCACCAACUACCACCACCACUACGACGACGGAGGCGCCAACCACAACGACCACCCGCGCACCGUCACGUCUUCGCGAAAUCGACGGCAGCCUCAGCAGCUCUGCGUGGGUGUGUGCCCCGCUGCUGCUCGCCGUAUCCGCGCUGGCGUACACCGCUCUGGGCUGA